AUGGAACCUCAAGAUCAACUUAAUUACCUCCUUCUUCAAACACAUUCCGGUGUCGUUACUAUCGGAGAAGAAGAUGCCACGGUGGACCUGCAACCACUGCUGCCCAGUCCAAAACCACCGCAAAAGAGAGGAUCAACAAAAGACAGACACACCAAAGUCGACGGAAGAGGUCGCCGGAUUCGCAUGCCGGCCAUCUGUGCCGCCAGGGUCUUCCAGCUCACACGUGAGCUCGGACAUAAGUCCGAUGGUGAGACCAUUGAAUGGCUGCUCCAACAGGCGGAACCUUCCGUCAUCGCCGCCACCGGAACCGGGACAAUUCCCGCCAACUUCACUUCGCUCAAUAUAUCUCUCCGGGGUUCGGGUUCCACCAUCUCGGCGGGACCCACGUCUUACCUGAGGAACGGUUUUAGCUUCAUCACAGAUCAACCGACGGCACACUUGAUGGAUUGUCCGACGUCGGCGAGAAAACACGAUGAAUUGUGCGUGGAUCCACUGGGUAUUGAUCAAUCUAAUUACAUGACUCAAUCUAGUAAUCCGGCGGGUAACGAUCAGAUUCCGGCGAGGGCAGUCUAUUUAAACCCAAACAGUAGUAGCACUAGCACUCGUUCUACUCGCGUUUUUUCCGGCGAUUCCACAUGGAAUUUUCCUUCUACCAGUAAUAAAAGCAGCAAAUAUAACAAUAACAGUAAUAUCUAUAGAGGGUGCUCAAGGCCAAGUAACAAUGGCAGCGGCGGCGGUGACGCCGGCGGUGGGGUACAUUUUAUGAAUUUUGGUACCCAAACAGCACUCUUCAACGGGCAACAGUUCAGUGGUGGUGCCAUGACAGCAGACGGGAUGCUGGCGGCAUUAAGCUCGAUUAGAACAAAUUUCGGUGGUGGUUCCGAUCAUCUAAGCACCAUGAAUCACGGCGAUCAUCAUCAGCAACAUGAAACAAGUAGCCACCACCAUUCGUAGAUGGCAUCAAUACCAGUGUAUGCAGGUAUCUGGUAUCAUUAUGAGGCCCAUAUUUCAGAAGGAUCUCCAUUUACAUUUCAGUAUCCAAAAACAAUGUUAUUUUACACUAAACAUCGUAAAGAAUUCAUAAUUAUCCCAUAAAUUGGUUAAAAU